AUGGAGGCCAGGCGGCUGCUGGUGGCGGCGGCGGCGGUGAUCAUCAUCGCCGGGUGCUGCGGCCGUUGCGGCGGGCAGCUGCCGAUCCCGGCGAGGACGGACGGGUACGUGUGGGGGACGGCGCCGGCGCCGGUGUGGGGCGGGGCGGUGGUGGUGGAGGCCUUCCUCGACCCCUUCUGCCCCGACAGCCGCGACGCCUGGCCGCCGCUCCAGAAGGCAGCCCAGCACUACGGCGCCGGACGAGUCGCCGUCGUCGUGCACGUCGUCCCGCUGCCUUACCACAGCAACUCCUUCAUUGCUUGCCGGUCAAUUCACACGGUCCAGAAGCUAAAUUCGUCAGUUGUCUAUCCACUACUUGAGAAUUUCUUCAAAUACCAGGAGGACUAUUACAGCCAACCGACGUACACAAAAUCAAGAGCGACUAUUGUCGAUGAAAUAACAAACAACAUCGUCGCACCUGUUAUUGGUGAAGCCAAUAUGGCAGCAUACAAAGCUGGUUUCAACGACUCACAGUCAGAUCAUGAUACAAGAGUUACUUUCAAGUAUGGUUGUGCACGAGGUGUGACCGGGUCACCCUACUUCUUUGUGAAUGGCAUGCCUCUCUGUGACUCCGGUUCUCCUGUGGAUUACAACAAGUGGAUAUCGACCCUUGAUCCACUAGUUGGCAAGAUGUAGGGAGUUAUAUCUCUCUGCAAACAAGAUUGGAAAUCAUUGAAUAAUGUAUGAAUUAAAGAAGUGUUGAUGGUGUUGAAUAUAUGCCCGAGAGGCAAUAAUAAAG